CCUCCAUCCGCGCAUCCACUACCUCGAGUCCUUCGGCGAGAUCCGAAUUUCGGAGCGUAGUACGAUUAGGGCCACCUAAACAGUGUGUGCCUUUCGCGACGCCGAGACAAAGUCGCGACGGACGCGCUGCGAUCACCAACCAUCCAAACUCACCACUAGUCGACACCACCCAUACCAAUUCCGCCAUGUACAACGCGCAUCGUGGUAUAGCCGGGGCACCGGCACCACCAAACAACCGCCUUGUCGAGCUGCUCGAGCAGGUGCGCGCCGAGUUCGAGGCUCAGGGCGGACGUGCAAACGAGUAUGAGCAUCAGCUCGCAAACCAAAUCCAAGAGAUGGAGCUUGUACGCAGCAAGAUAUUCCAACUCGAGCAGACGCACAUGCAGAUGAAGCAAAAGUACGAAGAAGAUAUUUCCCGUUUGCGCCGCGACCUUGAGGCUCGUGGAGGUCCCAGCCAGUCUUCGCACACUGGCCCUUCGCAGCCUCCACCACCCUCAAUCGGCCAUGGCCCUGCCAACCUCUUCCAGGGCAUCAUGGCUGGCGCUACCGCUCAAGGUGGCCCAGGUCUCGCCCCUCCCCCUUCGGAUGGCCCACCUCAGGGUGUACCUGCCCAUCUCCAGGGCCCACCCGGCCUGAAUCCUCCUCCUGGUCCUCCUCAACACGCACCCUUCGGCGGCUACGGUCAGCCCCCAGCUGGUGUCAACGGAUAUGGUCCCGCACCACCCCAGCCCACAGCCUCCCCUGGCCCUGGCAAGCCCAGAACCAACGCUCGCGGCCCCCCUGGUAUUCCAGGAACUCCUCAGCAGAACAACGCCAACCCUUACCCUGGUUCUCCCGCUAUGGCGCGUCCUACUCCUCCCCCAGCCCUUGCUCAACAACAGCAGGCCCUUUCUCUGCCUCAGCACCAACAAUAUGCUCAAGAGCUCGGUGGUAGCGGUAAUCAGCUGGUGGAUUUGGCUGUCGAGACACUGCCCGGAAACCUCAAGCGUGAGGGCGAAGACUGGUACGCCGUCUUCAACCCCCGCGUCCGUCGCACGUUGGAUGUUGAACUUGUCCACAACCUGGCCCACCAGAGCGUAGUCUGCUGUGUUCGCUUCAGCCGUGAUGGAAGAUUUGUUGCCACCGGUUGCAACCGUUCGGCUCAGAUCUUCGAUGUUGAGAGUGGUCAACAGGUCAAGCACCUGCAGGACACCAGUCUGCCUCAGGAUGGCGAUCUUUACAUCAGAAGUGUCUGCUUCAGCCCUGAUGGCCAAUACUUGGCCACUGGUGCUGAGGACAAGAUCAUUCGCAUUUGGGAAAUUGCCGCUGGUCAAAUUCGUCACCAGUUCGCCGGUCACGAGCAAGACAUUUACUCCCUCGACUACUCCUCAGAUGGUCGUUACAUUGCCUCUGGUUCUGGCGAUCGCACUGUUCGCGUUUGGGAUAUUCCUAACAACCAAUGUGUAUUGUGCCUCACUAUCGAAGACGGCGUGACUACCGUCGCCAUCUCGCCAGACAACCGUUUCCUGGCUGCUGGUAGUUUGGACAAGAGUGUCAGAGUGUGGGAGCUGGCUAGUGGAAACCUUCUCGAGAGACUCGAGGAAGCUGGCGGUAACCCUGGCCACAAGGAUAGCGUCUACUCUGUCGCAUUCUCGCCCACUAGCAGAGAGCUUGUUUCCGGCAGUCUGGACAGAACCAUCAGAAUGUGGGAGCUUCAAAGCCACUAUGGCAACCAGCCCAUGCCACCGAGAAACCCGCGCGGCGGAAAGUGUAUCCGCACGUUCGAGGGUCACAAGGACUUUGUCCUUAGUGUUGCACUUUCACCUGAUGGCGAAUGGGUUCUUUCCGGUUCUAAAGACAGAGGUGUUCAGUUCUGGAACCCUCAGACUGGUGAUGCACAACUCAUGCUUCAGGGACAUAAGAACUCCGUCAUCUCAGUCGCUCCCAGCCCGGUCCAAGGUGGUCUGUUCGCCACUGGAAGUGGAGAUAUGCGCGCGAGAAUUUGGAGGUUCUCGAGAUAUGACCCCGCUCGUGGAUGAUUGUUUGCGACCAAGUGAUAUGUCCAAGGACAUGUUGCUCAGAUGUUUACGUACAUUGUUUUCUAUUCCGCUUUCUCUUGCUAAUUCUCUCAUUGUUCUUCAUUGGUACCCCUGUCUAGCUUCUGUUUGACAGGUAUGAGUAUGAAGAGUUUACAUCAAGAUGGAACAGUUGAAGGGUACUGAAGAAAAGAGUAAAGUCAAGGAAAGUCAAAAGACAGCAAAGAGGUGUUUGUGGGUAACAUGACUGCUCACACAAAUGGUUCAUGAAUUGUAGCAUUCCGAGGUUAAGGGCGCGUCUCAUGUUGAGGAUAUCGCUCAAUGUUCGGAGAGCGAGUUGGCUUAGUACCUCGUUUGUAGUUUUCUCGGAUCCUGUAUCUGAUCAUUAUAGUUUAUA